AGUCUUUAUAGUAGAGAACAAACCUUUUUUUUAUAUAGUAGAGAACAAACCUUUUUUUUAUAUAUAUUUAUUAUAUAUACCUAAUUAUCUUUAUAUAAAGCACAUAUAAUCUCAAGAUCUUUGCUUCAGCAAAAUGGGAUUUCUCGCUUGUUCGAUAUUCCAUCUUUUUCUUGUUCUGCAACUACAAACACUUUUUGUUUCGUCUCAGAACAUCAUAAACGGAUCUGUUCCUGUCGGAGAAUCUCUCACCGCUUCAGAGUCCCGACAAUUCUCUGGUUCAUGGCUUUCCCCUUCCGGGGACUUUGCUUUCGGGUUCCGCAAGAUCCCAUCAAACGAUGGUUUCACUCUCUCCAUAUGGUUCGACAAGAUUCCCGACAAAACCAUCGUGUGGCACGCACAAGCGAUCAACACAACCACGGGUCUUGUCCCUACUGGUUCGAAGGUUACACUAACCGCAGAUCGCGGUUUGGUUCUCACUAAUCCUGGAGGUCAACAGCUCUGGAGCUCCUCACUUCCUCCGAGUAGAAGCUCUGUUUCUCGAGGGCUCAUAACCGACGCCGGAGACUUUGGUCUGUUCAGCGAAGAUUCCGGCGUUGCUUUGUGGUCGAGCUUCGCUAAUCCCACCGACACUCUUUUGCCUACUCAGAAUAUGGAAGCUGGAAGGAAUCUCUCGUCUCGCCUGACGGAGACAAGUUUCAAGAAAGGAAGAUUCAGGCUAAGUCUAGGUACUGACGGAGAUCUCCAGCUUCUCGUCCUCAACUCCAAGACGCUAGCAGAAGCAGAUGUAUACUUUUCGUACUACCAAAGUAAUACCAAGGAUCCGAACCCCGGGAUACGAUUAGUUUUCAACGAGUCAGGUUACAUGUAUGUUCUUCGAAGAAACGAUUCCAUAUCCUACAUCAAAAACGAAGUUCCAGUAUCGUCCAGAAACUUUUAUCACCGUGCCGUUGUACAUUUCGACGGGGUUUUCGCUCAGUACUAUCAUCUCAAAGGGCAGGGGCGUAGUGGGUGGGAGUUGGCUUGGGCUGUGCCGGAUAAUAUAUGUCGGGCGAGCUCCGAUCUAGCUCUCGGGAUUGUAGCUUGUGGGUAUAACAGUAUAUGCAGUUUGGGAGGUAAACAGAGGCCGAAAUGUGAGUGUCCCGAGAGGUUCUCAUUGAUGGAUCCUAGUGACGAGUAUGGUGACUGCAAGCCCGAUUUCGAGAUGCAGACUUGUGGACCAGAGAACAACAAGACCGCAAACGCGGAUGUAAACCUUUAUGAGUUUAUUCGUGUAGACCGCACGAAUUGGCCAACUGGGGAUUACGAGAGGUACGUUAACUAUGAUGCCGAAAGCUGUCGAAAUGCUUGUCUAAACGACUGCUUCUGUGCAGCGGUUGUUUUCGGAGAUGGUGUAUGUUGGAAGAAGAGGUUUCCAUUGAUUUACGGUCAUAGAGCUCCCGAUGGUAAUGGCAAUGGAUAUACACUCAUUAAGUUUUUAAAAAGCGCAGCGGUUGUUCCAAUCACCGAACGCAGAGGGAAAACCCGCGACUGGUUAAUCAUCGCCGGUUCGGUUCUGCUUGGAACUUCAGCUUUUGUGAAUUUCAUAAUCCUUGCUCUGUACAGAAAGAGUAAGGAGAUGAAGAAGAAAUCGAAUCAAGUGAGAGAUAUCGGCGAUUUAGAGGCGAUACACGACAUGGAGACGGUGGAGAGAUGUGUGAAAAUAGGGAUAUGGUGUAUACAAGAAGAUCCAGGGAUGAGACCUAACAUGAGACACGUUACGCAGAUGCUUGAAGGUUUUACUCAAGUUCACGACCCUCCAAACCCUACUCCUUAUAAUACAUUCUCUCGUGAUAAGUCUAUGUAUAAUGCUCAGGUG